AGACAAUAGAGAACAAAAGCAAAAACAAAGUAAAUAACAAAAUGAAGUGUUUGUGUUUGAUCGUGUUUCUAGCGUUUGUGAUCACACACAGCUACAACGAUCUAGAAGUAGAAGCUGCGUCAAGUGAUGGUUUCGUGAGUAGGAAAGGAGUCCAGUUCAUUCUGAACGGUGAACCAUUUUACGCCAAUGGAUUCAAUGCCUACUGGCUCAUGUACGAAGCCACCGAUCCGAACACAAGGUACAAGGUCACACAUGCCCUUGAGAACGCGGCCGGUCAGGGUCUGACCAUCGCACGCACGUGGGGAUUCCGUGAUGGCGGUUACCGUGCUCUCCAAACCAACCUUGGUUCCUACGAUGAACAAACGUUUCAGGGUUUGGAUUUUUCGAUAGCCGAAGCAAAAAGAGUCGGUAUAAAAAUGAUAAUCGCAUUUGUCAAUAACUUUCCUGACUUCGGAGGAAAGAAACAAUACGUGGCUUGGGCUAAAGAUAAAGGCCAAGCCGUAACAUCCGAAGACGAUUUCUACACCAACGCUUUUCUUAAACAAGCAUACAUGAACCACGUCAAGACUGUGUUGAACAGAGUGAAUACAUUUACCAAAGUUGCAUACAAAGAUGAACCAACCAUUAUGGCUUGGGAGCUCAUGAAUGAGCCACAAUGCAGAGCAGAUACAAGUGGGAAAACCCUUACGGCCUGGAUUAGUGAAAUGGCUUCUUACGUAAAAUCACUUGACUCAAAGCAUCUCCUAUCUACCGGAUCUGAAGGCUUCUAUGGUCAAUCAACUCCUCAAAGAAUGACUUCUUUAAAUCCGGUUGCAGCCAACAUUGUUGGAAGCGAUUUCAUCGCUAAUCACAAUAUUGAUGCCAUUGAUUUCGCAUCCGUUCACUCUUACCCUGACACAUGGUUUCCUAAGUUAGAUGAGAAAUCUCUAUUGGACUACUUAAGAAAAAAUCUCGCAGGCCACAUCGAAGAUGCGCAAAACGUUCUUAAAAAACCUCUCAUUCUAGGAGAAUUUGGGAAACCAUCGGAUGCACCAGGCUAUACUCAGGCUCAGAGAGAUGCCGUCUUCACUACAGCGUUCGACAUCAUUUACGUGUCUGCCCAAAAAGGCGGUGCUGCUGCAGGAGCAUUGUUUUGGCAUCUUAUUAGCGACGAUAUGAACAACUUCAGAGAUGCCUACUCCAUUUCACUUAGUGAAAAAUCUUCGACUAUUAAUAUCAUUGGUCAGCAGUCACGAAAGAUGAAUUUGAUUGGUGGAAAAGGAAAGCCAGGUCGCAAAAACAAAAUUUGAUAUUUUAAAAGGUUAUUCUAUAAUAAUUUGAUCAUUUUAUUUUCAUUAUCAAUUGUAACAAAUAAGUUAAGUGACAAAAUUAAAUUCAGUGUACACUGAAAUGAUAUCCAGUUCCUCAAUUUAUAUAUCCUUAACUUGUCUCAUGCCUUCACAUAAACAUACUCAUUAAACCAAAAUCAUGUUAAAAGAAGAUUAAGUAGCUUAACUACAUACGAUUACCUCAAUAUUUUAAGCUGAAUAUUUUAAAUUAUAUUAUGGAAUUAGAUCUUAAGUUGCAUCAUUCAAGCACAUGCCUAAUCUCUUUCUAUAAGUUUUGAAGUCACGCAAAUGCCUAACAUCUUCAAUUGAAUCAUUAAAAUACCUGCCUAAGACACAUUAGUUAUUGUGUAGAAAAAAUCUCACAUCCAAUUUCCUCUAUGGAUUGACCAGUUCAAUUUUAAAAACACAUGCUUAAACAUACUCAUUAAACCAGUGCACUGAAAUGAUAUCCAGUUCCUCAAUUCAUAUAUAACUUCCUAAACUUGUCUCAUACCUUCACAUAAGCAUACUCAUUAAACCAAUAU